CACGACACACAUGUUGUGUAUUAUUCAGGGAUAACAAUGUAUAAAUACAAUUAUUUUGUGUGUAGAGACACAUCUACGGAACUGACGAAAAUUCAUAAAGUACACAAGCGAAUAUUUGAAGAUUUUUUACCAGACGGUAUUAGAAGCCAAAGAGAAAAUCAACACGGCCAUUUCUGGAUUAUAUUGGACGAACUUCAGACAGGAGAGAAAAAAGAACAAGCCAAGAAUCUGUUUAAAUGCUAGUUACCGUAAUCAAUAACGAGAAAUCCAGAGCGAUGAGUGACAAAAUCUUAUGUGUCGGCCUAGGCCUGGUGAUGAUGCUAGUUGUGUCAGCAGCUGCAUCGAAUGGCGGGAAAACGGCCGACGUGGGUACUGUGAUCGGGAUUGAUCUCGGGACUACGUACUCAUGUGUCGGGGUGUUUAAAAAUGGGCGUGUAGAAAUCAUUGCCAACGACCAGGGAAACCGUAUCACACCCUCUUAUGUAGCAUUCACCAGUGAAGGCGAGCGUCUGAUUGGAGAUGCAGCGAAGAAUCAGCUGACCAGCAAUCCUGAAAACACACUCUUUGAUGUCAAACGUAUGAUUGGUCGUACCUGGGAUGACAAAUCUGUACAAAGCGAUAUCAAGACAUACCCUUUUAAAGUUAUUAACAAAGGUAACAAGCCCCAUUUGCAGCCAGUCGUAUCAGACGCUGACAAGACGUUUGCCCCAGAGGAGAUAUCAGCAAUGGUUUUGUCCAAGAUGAAGGAGAUAGCCGAAGGUUACCUUGGCGAGACUGUACAUAACGCCGUGAUCACAGUUCCCGCCUACUUCAAUGACGCCCAACGACAAGCCACGAAGGACGCCGGUGUCAUAGCCGGGCUCAACGUCAUGAGGAUCAUCAACGAACCAACUGCUGCCGCUAUCGCAUACGGUCUGGAUAAACAGGACUCGGAGAAAAACAUCCUGGUGUUUGACCUUGGAGGCGGAACGUUUGACGUGUCAGUACUGACCAUAGACCAAGGCGUGUUCGAGGUCCUGUCCACCAAUGGCGAUACCCACCUAGGAGGGGAGGACUUUGACCUCCGCGUAAUGGAACAUUUCUUCAAGGUCAUUAAGAAGAGGACCGGUAAAGACAUUAGGCAGAACUCAAGAGCCGUGCAGAAACUGCGACGUGAGGUGGAGAAGGCUAAGAGAGCAUUGUCAUCCCAGCAUCAGACAAGAAUUGAGAUCGAGUCCCUGUUUGAUGGAGAAGACUUUUCAGAGACUCUCACAAGGGCAAAGUUUGAGGAGCUCAAUAUGGAUUUAUUCAGGAACACACUAAAGCCGGUAAAAAUGGCUCUGAAGGACGCCAAUUUGAAAAAGAACGAGAUUGACGAAAUAGUGUUAGUGGGUGGUUCCACGCGAAUCCCAAAAGUCCAGCAACUGAUCAAAGACUUUUUCGAUGGAAAGGAGCCGAGUCGUGGAGUGAACCCUGACGAGGCAGUGGCUAAUGGCGCGGCUAUCCAGGGCUGUAUCCUAAGCGGAGACGGUUGUGGCAGUAACUUGGUAGUGGUGGACGUUAAUCCACUUACCCUGGGCAUCGAGACAGUCGGUGGUGUGAUGACCACUCUGGUACCCCGGAACAAACCAGUCCCCAAUAAAAAAUCACAGAUAUUUUCGACCGCCGCUGAUAACCAACCUACCGUGACCAUUUCCAUAUACGAAGGCGAACGACCCAUGACCAAGGAUAAUCACUUAUUGGGAAAAUUUGAUCUUACUGGGAUCCCACCAGCUCCGAGGGGAAUUCCUCAAAUAGAGGUCACGUUUGAAAUCGACGUUAACGGGAUUUUGAAAGUCACAGCGGAGGAUAAAGGAACUGGAACCAAAAAUGAGAUCGUAAUUCAGAACAAUAACGAUAGGCUUUCACCCGAGGACAUCGAAAGGAUGAUUACAGAUUCAGAAAGAUUUGCCGAAGAGGACAAAAAAGUUAAAGAACGAGUAGACGCUAAACACGAACUCGAAAGCUACGUAUAUUCAUUAAAAAAUCAAAUUGGCGAUAAGGAUAAACUUGGUGGUAAACUUAGUGAUGAGGAUAAGGCAACGCUUGGAGAAGCCAUAGAGGAAUCAAUGAAAUGGUUCGAAAGUCAUUCGGAUGCCGAUACCGAGGAAUUUAAAUCCCAGAAAAAGGAGCUUGAGGAUAUUGUACAUCCAAUAAUGAGUAAACUCUACCAGAAAGAAGGAGGAGCCCCACCGCCUCCAGAGGAGGACAAUUACCAUACAGAUCUCUAAACAGGUCACUGAAAGAUUCGAUAGUAUCAUUGUGUUCAUUUGAAUGUGACUUUUCUUACCACAUAAUACAAGUAAAUUAUAUAUUAUAUUAAUUUCAUACCUCCAUUGCAUUGGAAUAUAAGAAGUGAUAAAUGUGUGAGUGAAUGGGACAUGCAUUGAAAAUUAUUUAAACAUGUUUAUCAUUAAUUUCUAAAAGAACUGUGAUAUUUAUUUUUGUACUUGAGGGACACUAAUGGUGAUUGAUUUUUUAUGUUAUUUAUAUGUAUAGUUUCUGAUAUGAAUUCAUGUGAAUUGAGAGUUAUCGUUAAGUAUAUAUCAAUAAGGCGUUUUUUAAAUAUUGUUAUUGGAUUUUGUACCUGAGGGAUCGAUACUAAUACGGAUUGAUGUGACUUUUGUGUAUAGUGUCUGAUAUUCAUUCAUGUUAAUUAGUGGUUACCGUUAAUUAUCAAUAUUCUGUGUCUCAUGUAUUGUUAUUGGAUUUGUGUACCUGUUUACUUUGUAAAAGUUUUACUAUGAAAUAAAACAAAAUAUCCAAUAUUAUCAGCGUCCAUAUGAUCUGUUCUCGAGUUAUGAUAUAUAUUUAAAACAUUAACAGCAUUCUAGAAAUCUAUAAAACCACUAUCGACUUUAUCAUUAUUUUUACAUCAAUACGUCAAUGGUAACGUCGUUUGUUAGUUAUAUCCUCCUCGGUCGUGAACGCAAUCCCUGGAAUUUUGAGGAUGUAUGGCAUAGAAAACCUUUAUUGACUCACUCAUCCUAUAUCAAAGCGUUGAUAGUGUAAUGCAUGCACACUUAUG